AUGCGAAUUCUAAUACUUUGUGCCAGUGUAUGUUUGCUGGUGGCCAUUUGCCACAGUAGGCAAAUCGAACACGAGGAGCAGUACGACUUGGAAAUAGCUGAAUCGAAACACUCCAGCCAUCACGAAUCGGGUGGCGGAAGCGAGCACCACGGCGACCACCACAGCAGUCACGGCGGCAAAGGCGACAAGGGUUACAAAUCUGUACAUCACCACGAUAAAGGGGGACACGGAAAGCACGGCAAGCACCACCACGCCAGCCACUACGGAGAGAAGGGUGGUCACCACAAAGGCCACCACGAAUCCGGCGGUCAUUACGGUGAGCAUCAUUCCUCUGGUCACAAACACAAAUCGGGCAAACACGGAGGGAAAAAGGGACACAAGAAAGGACAGAAGACUACCGGGUUCCAUCACAAAUCCCACAAGGAUGAGUACCACAAGAACCACAAGUUCUACGACGAUCAUCAUGUAGGCGGUCAUCAUUCUAAACACGGCAGUUUCCACGGCCAUCACGGUGGCAAAUCGGGUCAUCACAAGAAGGGAGGCAGCCACAAGAGCGGCUACCACGACGACCACUUCGGAAAGUCCGGACAUUCGGACAAGGGCCACUACGACGAAGAUCACAAGGGGUACAAGGGACACGGUGGUCACGAGAGUCAUCACUCCCAUCAUUCCGACUAUGGAAAGAAAGGCGGUCAUUCCGGCGGCGAGGAGCACGGUUUCAGCGAGAAACAUUAG